AUGGACGAGGGGGGCACACCCCUGCUCCCCGACAGCCUGGUCUACCAGAUCUUCCUGAGCCUGGGCCCUGCGGACGUGCUGGCCGCCGGGCUGGUGUGCCGCCAGUGGCAGGCCGUGUCCCGGGACGAGUUCCUAUGGAGGGAGCAGUUCUACCGCUACUACCAGGUGGCCCGCGACGUGCCCCGGCACCCAGCGGCCACGUCCUGGUACGAGGAGUUCCGGCGGCUCUACGACACGGUGCCCUGCAUGGAGGUGCAGACCCUCCGGGAGCACACCGACCAGGUCCUGCACCUCAGCUUCUCCCACUCGGGCUACCAGUUUGCGUCCUGCUCCAAGGACUGCACCGUGAAGAUCUGGAACAACGACCUGACCAUCUCGCUGCUGCACAGCGCGGACAUGCGGCCCUACAACUGGAGCUACUCCCAGUUCUCCCAGUUCAACCAGGACGACUCGCUGCUGCUGGCCUCGGGGGUGUUCCUGGGGCCCCACAGCAACUCCUCCGGGGAGAUCGUGGUCAUCAGCCUCGACACCUUCGUGCUGCUGUCCCGUGUGCGCAACAAGCCCUACGACGUGUUUGGCUGCUGGCUCACCGAGACCAGCCUCAUCUCAGGGAACCUGCACCGCAUCGGGGACAUCACCUCCUGCUCUGUGCUCUGGCUCAACAACGCCUUCCAGGACGUUGAGUCUGAGAAUGUCAACGUGGUGAAGCGGCUCUUUAAGAUCCAGAACCUCAACGCCAGCACCAUCCGCACGGUGAUGGUGGCCGACUGCAGCCGCUUUGACAGUCCCGACCUCCUGCUGGACACCAGCGCGCCCCCAGGCCGCGUCUUCGACCUCGGCAGCGACAGUGACCGUGAGGAGGAGGAGGCGGCGGCGGCGGCGGCUGGCCCAGCCCCGGCGCACACCGAGAGCUGGCGGCGCCUCCUGCACGGGCUCCUGGACGCCCGGGCGCGGGCGCGGCCGCCGCUGGCGGAGCGCGUGCUGGAGACCAGGGUGGCGCAGCUGCUGGCCCGGGGCCGCACCAAGCCCCCCGAGGGCAGUGCGGCCCGCGCCCAGGACAAGCUCCUCAUCUUCACCACCGGCUGCCUCACCUACUCCCCGCACCAGAUCGGCAUCAAGCAGAUCCUGCCGCACCAGAUGACCACGGCGGGGCCCGUGCUGGGCGAGGGCCAGGGCUCCGACGCCUUCUUCGACGCCCUGGACCACGUGAUUGACGUGCACGGGCACAUCGUUGGCAUGGGCCUGUCCCCCGACCACAGGUACUUGUACGUGAACAGCCGCGCCUGGCCCAGCGGCUCGGUGGUGGCCGACCCCAUGCAGCCGCCGCCCAUCGCCGAGGAGAUCGACCUGCUGGUGUUCGACCUCAAGACCAUGCGGGAGGUGAAGCGGGCCCUGCGCGCCCACCGCGCCUACACACCCAACGACGAGUGCUUCUUCAUCUUCCUGGACGUGAGCCGGGACUUCGUGGCCAGUGGGGCGGAGGACCGGCACGGCUACGUCUGGGACCGCCACUACAACGUCUGCCUGGCCAAGCUGCGGCACCGGGACGUCGUCAACUCCGUGGUCUUCAGCCCCCAGGAGCAGGAGCUCCUGCUGACGGCCAGCGACGACGCCACCAUCAAGGCCUGGCGCUCGCCACGCACCGUGCGCGUCCUCCAGGCCCCCCGCCCGCGCCCCUUCUUCUCCUGGUUCGGCAGUCAGAGGCGCUGA